AAGUGCGCACAGAGAUCUUCAAUGGCUCCUCAAUACGCACCAAGUCUGCGCUCCCGUUUGGGACCUAUUCUUCUUUUCCUGCAGAUAGGAUUCAUUGUCAUAUUUGCCUUUUACAUUGAGAUUGAUAACGAACAAAUAGAUAAGAAUAAAUUCAGCAACCUUUAUCCAGAAUUCCAGGAUGUGAAUGUGAUGGUGUUUCUCAGUUUUGGCUUCUUGUACUCUUUUUUCGUGCGGUAUGGGUUCAGUGGCUCAGGGUUCAACUUCCUUGUGGCAAUCAUGGCCACCCAGUGGGCAAUCCUACUCAAUGGCAUUGAGUCCUGGUAUUCCAGAGGGAAGAUCAGGGUAAAUUUGAGAAGCUUGGUAGUUGCCGAGUUGUGUGCAUCCUCUGCACUCAUUUCAAUUGGAGCUAUGGUGGGGAAGACCAACCCUGUCCACCUCAUCCUCAUCGCCCUGCUGGAGGUGUCAGGCUUUGUCCUGAAUCAGUGGCUCCUCCAGACUCUGCUGAAGGUCCAGCUUCUGAACAGUAUCAUGAUGCUCCACAUCUUUGGGUCCUUCUUUGGGCUCAUGCUGACAUUGAUCCUGCAUCGGACAGAAUCAGAACAGCAAUUUGAGAAAGAGAAAUUUGACCGCAAAACAGGAUUAUUCUCCAUGUUAGGGACCUUGCUUCUCUGGAUGUUUUGGCCCAGUUUUAACUCAAUCCUUGUGGAUGAUCGUGGGAGGAAGCUGGGGGUAGUGUUCUGCACCUACCUGGCCCUGGCUGUUAGUGCUGUAACAGCAGCUGCUGUGUCGGUGCUCUCCAGUCCAAAGGGAAAACUCAACCUAAUCCACGUGCAGUCUUGUGUCUUUGCUGGUGGUGUUGCUAUCGGGCUUUCCAUGUCAGUGGUUCAUGAACCGUGGCAGGCCAUGACUAUCGGAUUCACCGCUGCUGUUGUGUCAACCAUUGGAUUCCGAUACCUUAAGAUCCACAUGCUGCUCGCAUUUCACAGCCACGACACCUUUGCCGUUCUGAGCACACAUGGGCUCCCCGGUCUACUGGGAUGGCUGGCCCAUCUCCUCCUGCAGAUUAAAGACUCUGACGAUCACACAACGGCGAUCAGGUUUGCCGUGUUUCACAUUUGUUCUCUCCUCAUCACCAUAUCUCUGAGUCUGUCCAUGGGAAUCAUUACCGGGUUGCUGCUUAAGUGGAAUUUCUGGAGACCCCAGCAAGACAAAAAAUGUUUCGAUGAUCAGGCUUUCUGGGAGUUUCCCCAAAAUGCAGUGCGCAAGUAAGAAGACGGGAAAAGAAGACCAAGUCUGAUCCUGGAAGUACAAACCUUUCUUUUUUUUUUUCAUUCAUUCAUUUCAGUGU